AAUCACAAGUCCACUCUAAAACCCAAAACCCCGCGCUCUACUUCCCUCUAAAACCCUAACCUCCCUUCUCUCACUGACCCGAAACAUUUCGCUCCACACCUCACAGCAACAUGUCCGAAACGUUGCCGGAACUCGCCAUCCUCCGCUUGUACGAGCUCCGUCUCCUCCGCUGCACCCUCCCAUCUCCGCCGUCCGAUUUCUCACACCGUUCUCAACGGUGCGAUGAAACACUUCCCGCUCACCCCCUCCACCCUCUAAUCAACGACCUCCUAACUUCCAUCGAGUCCGGGCAAUACCUCCAAGCCCUCACCUCCCCCGACCUAGAACGCGUCGUUUUCAAAUUCGCCGAGUCUGACUCGAUACAAUCGCUCGGAGACUCAGCGGAGUCCGCCGACCGAGUGUACUCCGAGUUGCUCGACCGAAUGGAAUCGUUUGUAUCCAAGGAAUGUGAAGAGGAAGAAAACGAUGGCGGCAAGGACAAGGCCUAUAGAGUCAUAGUCGUUCUGUGCAUUGCUGUGGCUGCCUUUUUCGCUUUCACUCAAUGCAACGUCACUGGACCGUUGGAGGGGUUGCCGAAAUGUCCUCUGCCUCUGGCGGUGCCCAAAUGCGAUGAGUGGGACAAUUGGGCGCGCAAUCAGCUUAUGGUUGCUGGGUCUGACUUGCUUGGAAAGUUAAUCAAUAUUCAGUAUAUAGUGUAUGCGAAGAUGUUGGCCAUGAAGGUGAAAGAUUUGCUAUUUGAAGCGAGUGUGCCUUCUACGUAUGGAAUUAGGAGCAUUUCAUGGUGGCUCAUUAGGAUCACCCUUCUCCAUCAAAGAAUUCUUGAUGACCGUUCUUCUUCGCUGUUCAAUCUUUUGCAAGUCUUUACAAGUGAAACUUUGAUACAUUUUGGUACACUGGAGAAAGUAACAAGCUACUGGGGUAACAAUUUACAAAACGGCGAGGGAUCGUCACUUGUCUCAUCGAUUCAUCUGGAAGCUGGAAUGAUGGAAUACACCUAUGCACGAGUUGAUUCAUGCAGGGUACAUUUUGAAUCAGCUGAAGCAGCAGCUGGUCUUCAGCUUUCUCUUACAGGUGUUCUUGGCUUCCGUACUGUACAUCAGGUAGAACCAAAGGCACAAAUGAUACUUUUAGCAAACCCAACUUCAUCGAGCAGUGGCGGUAGCUGCCCCUCAGAAAUCCCUGGCUCUGAGACAUGCGAUUCUAGUAUUGGCAGAAAGAAUAUACAUCCAUCUGAAAACCAUGAGGCCUCUGACAUAUUGAUGACCCCAAAAUUGUUAGCGAAUGAUGACAAUUCUGGAACUAAACCAGAAGGCAUUCAAGUUGAUGGUACUGCUGCUGCUGCUUUGAGUGCAAUCCAUCAAGUAGUGAUCCUGGCUAAAUGCCUUCUAAUUGAAAAGAGCACACGGCAUGAUGACAUGCAAAGAUGGGAAAUGGCUCCUUACAUAGAGGCAAUUGAUUCUCAGCAGUCAUCAUACUUUAUUAUACGAUGCUUCUGUCACAUCCUACGGAUUCGGUGGGAGUCGGCACGUAGUCGCACAAAGGAACGUGCAUUACUGAUGAUGGAAAAAUUGGUUCAGGGUAUCUCUGACCCUUCUCCAGGGGUGGCGGAAAGGAUUCUUUUCUGCUAUGACGUUUAUAUCCCCACAAUUCCUGCCUUGCGGAAGGAAUAUGGUGAACUUUUAGUCAGCUGUGGUCUGAUAGGGGAGGCGGUUAAAACUUUUGAGGAUCUAGAGUUAUGGGAUAAUCUUAUAUUCUGCUACCGCCUAUUGGAGAAGAAAGCAGCAGCUGUUGAACUAAUCAGGAAACGACUUUCUGAAACACCCAAUGACCCCAGGUUAUGGUGCUCAUUGGGUGAUGUUACUAAUGAUGAUGCCUGCUUUGAAAAAGCCUUGGAAGUUUCAAAUGAUAGAUCUGCUCGAGCAAAGCGGUCUCUUGCUCGUAGUGCAUACAAUAGAGGGGAUUACGAAAUCUCAAAAACCUUAUGGGAGUCUGCAAUGUCCUUGAAUUCUUUGUAUCCUGAUGGCUGGUUUGCACUUGGGUCUGCUGCAUUAAAGGCUAGGGAUACUGAAAAGGCAUUGGAUGCCUUUACUCGGGCUGUUCAACUUGAUCCUGAAAACGGGGAGGCAUGGAAUAAUAUUGCUUGCUUGCAUAUGAUAAAAAAGAGGAAUAAAGAAUCCUUUGUUGCCUUUAGAGAAGCCCUGAAGUUCAAGCGAAACAGCUGGCAACUUUGGGAGAACUACAGUCAUGUUGCCUUAGACGUUGGCAAUAUUGGUCAGGCUCUAGAGGCUGUGCAGAUGGUCUUGGAUAUGACUAAUAAUAAAAGAGUUGAUGCUGAAUUUAUGGAAAGAGUUGUGGCUGAGGUGGAAAGAAUGUCUUCAAAUACAACUCCGGCAAUGAUGGAUGAAAAUAUAUCUCCCAAUCAAGAGUGUUCUCUAAAUUCUCAAAUAAAUAUUUGGAAUGGUUUAUCAAAUGCAGAAUCUGAGGUUGCAAAAUCUCGGGAAAUUAAACACUUAGUAGAUUUCCUCGGAAAAGUUUUACAGAAGGUAGUUAAAAGUGGAAAUGGAGCAGAUAUUUGGGGAUUGUAUGCACGGUGGCACAAAAUGAAAGGAGACCUGACAAUGUGCUCGGAAGCUUUAUUAAAGCAAGUUAGAUCAUACCAGGGAUCUGAUUUGUGGAAAGAUAAAGAUCGAUUUAAAAAGUUUGCUCAAUCAUCCUUGGAGCUCUGCAAGGUGUAUGCGGAAAUUUCUGUGUCUACUGGUAGCCGUCGUGAACUUCUUGCAGCUGAGAUGCACCUAAAGAACAUAAUUAGACAGGCGGGGAGUUUUGUGGAGAUGGAAGAAUAUCGGGAUCUUGAAGCUUGCCUAGGCGAAGUGAAGUCAAAACUUGAAUCCAAUUCCCCAAGUGCUUAGAACAUUAAUUGGUAUUGCCUAAUUGGAAUUGUGCGAACUUUUUAAGACAAGGAACACCAAAGACAACGAUAUUCGAUGGAAUUGGAAUGUGGUGGCUAUCUUUGAUGGUUCAUCAUGUGUUCGUUCGUAUGGAAAAUAUAUUAGUUUGUUUGUGUAGAAAUACUCUUUUCUUUCUUUUUAAUUUAUCAUCCAAUCGUUUUGCACCCAUUUUUUGUGCAACUCAUUUUGCUUCAGUAGAUCCUUGUAGAAUUAAUCGACAUUACCGUAUGGAUUCUUAGCCAUAUGUAAAGAAGUUCAUUUUUCGUUGUUUC